AUGGGGAGGGGAAAUGGAGGGAAGAGUCGCACUCAACGAAAGCAUUUCCAAGAGAGCAGAGAGAACGUGUGGAAAUUCAAACGUGCUAGAUCAGAUUCAGAUCCUAUUCCUUUCACCAACCCCUACGCUACUCAGAACCUUGCUUUCGAUCACUAUUACAAGGAACAGGGAAUUGUGUCAUCGCAAGAAUGGGAUGCUUUCGUGCAACUUCUUCGAACUCCUUUGCCCGCAGCAUUCAGAAUCAAUUCCACUAGCCGGUUUUGUGCGGAUAUUCGGUCCCAACUAGAGAAUGAUUUUGUGCAGUCUAUUCAGGCUGAGGUUGUGGACGGGGAUGAUACGGAGGCUAUUAUACCUUUGCCAUGGUAUCCUGAGAAUCUUGCUUGGCAUUCAAAUUUUUCGCGUAAGCAGCUCAGGAAGAAUCAAACACUUGGGAGGUUUCAUGAGUUCUUAAAGCUUGAAAAUGAAAUUGGAAAUAUUACAAGACAGGAAGCUGUCAGCAUGAUAGCUGGAUGGCUUAGUGCAUGUACUUUACUCUAUGAGCUUACCUUUCGAGAAUUUAACUUGUGCACACAAAUGUUUAUUUGCUACACAGUGUGUGCAGCGCCAGGUUCAAAAACAUUUCAAUUGCUUGAGGUUUUACACCAUUCCACUAAAGUGGGAUAUCUGCCUGAUGGAAUGGUUAUAGCAAACGAUCUAGAUAUCCAAAGGUGUAAUCUUCUCAUUCACCAAACCAAAAGGAUGUGCACAGCCAACCUAAUUGUCACCAAUCAUGAAGCUCAACACUUCCCAGGAUGUCUCUUGAAUAAAAAUUAUGAUAAAAUGGAGCUAGAUCGACAAGCCCAGUUAUUAUUUGACCGUGUUCUGUGUGAUGUCCCAUGCAGCGGAGAUGGCACCCUUCGUAAGGCCCCUGAUCUCUGGAGGAAAUGGAACACAGGAACUGGAAAUGGGCUUCAUAACCUACAAGUUUUAAUUGCUAUGCGAGGUGCAUCAUUGCUUAAAGUUGGAGGAAGAAUGAUUUAUUCAACCUGCUCAAUGAAUCCUAUUGAGAAUGAAGCUGUUGUUGCUGAGCUUUCUGCGGUUGAGGUUGUGGGUUGUGGUUAUGAAGGAAAAACUCCAUCUGUUUUGCGAAGGUGUGGAGGGUCCAUUGAACUUGUAGAUGUCUCUAGUGAGCUUCCCCAACUUAUUCGUAGACCAGGCCUUAAGAGUUGGAAGGUAUGCGACAAGGGCAAGUGGUUCAUCUCUUGCAAAGAUGUUCCCAAGUUUCGCAGAAAUGUAGUUCUUCCUAGCAUGUUUCCAAAUGGCGGAAUCUAUCAGGAUGAUGUUGACAGUAAUUGUAAUAUUAACAUUAAAGGUGAUAUUAAUGCUGAUGUUGUUAAUGGACAUUCUGAAGAUGAUGUUCAAGCAGUGGAUAAUCCUGUGAUGCACGAAUUUGCUGGGGAAGUUUCUGAUUUCCCACUAGAGCAGUGCAUGAGGUUUGUGCCUCAUGAUCAGAAUACCGGAGCAUUCUUUAUUGCUGUAUUGCAGAAAGUUUCUCCUCUGCCUGCAAUCCAGGUAAAACCUAGAAAAGAAGUUGGGAAACAGGUUGACGCAGCAAACCAAGGCAACGAUGAUGCACAAGAACUUCCUGUUAAUCCAUUGAAAGUUAAUUCUGUUACAUGUGGAAAAGUAGAUUUCAAGGAAGCCGAAGAUCCCUGCAAUGUAGAAAACAUACCAAAGAAUACUCCAGGCAAAAGGAAACUGCAGUUUCAAGGCAAAUGGAGAGGCAUUGACCCUGUGGUCUUCUUCAAUGACGAUGUAGUUAUUAACAGCAUAAAGACAUUUUAUGGUAUUGAUGAUCAGUUUUCACUCGAUGGUCACCUUGUAACAAGAAACAGUGAUACAAACCACGUGAAAAGAAUUUACUAUAUCUCCAAGUCAGUCAAAGAGGUUCUGGAGUUGAACUUCUCAGUGGGACAGCAACUUAAAAUAACUUCUGUUGGACUGAAGAUUUUUGAAAGACAAACGUCAUGUGAAGGAAGGUCUGCACAAUGUGCUUUCCGGAUCACUUCUGAAGGAUUGCCUCUUAUUCUCCCUCACAUCUCCAAACAGAUUCUACGUGCAUCUGCCAUAGAUUUCAAGCAUCUUCUGCAGUAUAGAGCUGUAAAAUUUGCAGAUUUUGUGGAUGCCAAGUUUGGCGAAAGUGCUGCAAGCCUAAUGCCCGGCUGUUGCGUGGUAGUUCUGGGUGAAGGGAGCAGAGCUGCUACAGCGACCCUCCAAGUGGACGAGUCAACAAUAGCAAUUGGAUGCUGGAAGGGUAGAGCAAGUUUGACUGUGAUGGUAGGUGCAUUGGAAUGCCAGGAACUGCUAAAAAGGCUUUUGAUGCGUCUAGAUACUGUAACAGAAAAGGACUUCUGCAUGCGUGAGGACCAACCGUCUGAUAUUAAGGGAGAUGAAUCACAAGAGUCAAACGGUAAAAAUGAUGAUGUGAAAGUUACUGAGUGUUAA